AUGGACUCCGCGAACCAGAACGCCUCGCCAGCGAAAAUCAAGGAGGAGGUAGCUGGCAAUCCUGCUGCUACCUGUGAAGGCCUCAUGGCCAAUGGCUCGCAAGAUCCCAUACCACCACCCACUACCAUGAGCAAGGUUACUUCGAACCCAAAGCUCUCCAAACCAGUUCUCACAGACAAGUAAGUCCUGCUCAACCCUCUCUUUCGCGACCAUGCUAAUUCUUCCAAGGUCCUCAAAGGAGCUUAUCACCCUUCUUUCUGGCCCGCCAACAGGCCUGGGCAAGUUCGUCGUACACAAAUGUUUCGCUGUUCAUUACUCGCCUGUUCUGAAGGCAGCUUUUGAACACCAAGCUACAGCUGUACUCAAUCCCUUAGGAAAUACCUACUCACUUGAUGAAGAGGACAAGACAACCACUGAGUUUCUCGUUCAAUGGCUCUAUACACAAGAUAUUCAGCCAGCGCAACUCAAACCAGACGCUACAUACAACUGUGCUGAAAUCCUCUCCAUCAUCAAGUUGUGGCUCCUGGCAGAAAGACUGGUAAUACCCUCUCUCCAAAACGCAGCAAUCAAGAAGUUCAACGACUGUCUGAAUCAAUUCAAGAUGAUCUGUCACACCGAAAUCAACUACAUCUGGAGUGCUACCAAGGAAGGUUCCCCGUUGCGUCUAUACUAUAUCGAUGUGAUGUUCUGCCUUAGCGAUCAAACCUUUCCUAAAUUGGUGGAGACUCUUGAAAAGAAUGUUCUGGGUGAUUUGUUUACCGCUUGUAUGCUCAGGGUGGAAAACAAAAAGAUGUACACACCAGGAAGUAAUCUCUCAGAUAGAUACCUUGUGAGAGAAAAGUGA